AUGGCCGAAAAUAUUACUACAAAGAGUCGAACUUGGACUUAUCCAAGAUUUGUGCAGAUGCUGAUCGAUGAUGUAUAUCCAGAGAUUGAACGCGAUUUAAAGAAUGAUUUGUUAGUUCAGUCACACAUGAGCAAAGAUUCUCUAAAGCAGCUUGCGAGAUAUCACCCAAACCACCCUGAACCAAAAGUAGUAGCAGAAUUCUUCGGGUAUAUCAAAGAUGUGAACUACGUUGAUCCUGAUCCAGUUAAUCACCAAAACUGGAGAAAUGAAGAAGAAAUGAAGGAAGCAGCUUACAUUGAUGAGCUUAAGACUCUUGAGGAGUUCAAAACCACCCGAAAUGACUGGUUUGUCAAAGAAACGAGGAGGAGAGGCAAAAAGGCCACCCCUAAAUCACAGGAGGAUGAGCCGGUGGUUACUGCGGAAGAAGAUCCGUAUGCUGAUAUUGAUCAAGUUAUGUUGAAUGUUGAUGAUUUAGUGUCUGAGCAAGCAGUUAAUGUGGAAGCUGAGAAAGAGAAGGUUCUUGAUGAUGUUGAAGGUGAUGAUGUCAAUAAAAGUACAACAAUCUCUUCGAGUUCUUCAGAUGAGGAAAUAGAUGAGAAUGAACGUCUAAGAAGAAUUCAAGAAGCUACAGAGAAAGAAAAGCAGUUAAGGAAAAGGAAGAGACAGGAGAAAGAUGAUUCUGCAUACGUUCCAUCUCCAGAGCACGUUUCUGAAUCACAAUCACCUUCAAGCGGCAAAAAGAAAGCAGGUGCAAAGAAAAGAAUUGUAUCUCCGAAAAUCAAGAAAGUUACUACAAAGAUUACAAAGCCCAAGAUUGUCUUGAAGAAGAAACCAGCCAAAGAACCCAGUAAACCAUCAACUCCACCACCUGAACCUACACCAAUACAAUCACCACCACAUCAAACACCUCCCAGACAACCUUCACCACCAAAACAACCUACUCCACCCAGACAACCAUCACCAUUACAUCUUUCUCCACUACAUCUCUCACCACCACAACAACAAACCUUGCUCACAUCUCAAGAAAUAUUUCAAACACCACCACUCACUCAAAUUCAACUAACUCCUGGUUCUUCUGGCCACAAAGGUCUUCAUAUUCCUCCGGAUAAUCUUGAAGAUAUUGGAGAUUUUGGCUUUGCAAACGAUGAACAAGUUAAGAAGCUAGAAAAGAAGAUGGAUGAAUGCUGA